AUGGUUGGCGGUUCUCGAGUUUGGGAUUGGAUGAGGAUGAUGCUUAAUUUUGUUGAUUUUCAUUCUGUGAAUUGGUGGGGGUAUUUUUGGAAUAAGUUUAUAUACAAAGGAAUUGACGAAUUGUGUUACUGGUUUGAGAGCUUGCUUUCAAAUCAUGUGACGUGUACCUGUGGGAUUUUCUGUUUGGAUAUGAUCUUAAUUGAGAUUAUUCAAAUGGAGAAUCCUAGACAUGUGAUUGAUGCCAUGUCUAGUAUGAAACUUGUUCUGAAUUUAUGGAGGGUUGGUGGUGGUUUUUUGUGGAUUGGCUUGUUUCUGGUGUGCAGGAAGUUUUUGCAAAGGAUGGAGUUGGUGUAUAUUAGCAUUCAAAUGGACUCUCUUUUGUUGAAGGCCAUGAGGAAGCUCUUCCUGUUUGAAGAGGAUAAGAGAAGUAAAAGAAAAAGGAGGAUCGAUGGGAGGAGAAGUGGCAGAAGGCUCUGGAUUGAGAGUUUGAUCGGGUUUUUAUAUAGUAGGGAUAAUAAUGAUAGAAUCAAAUGGUGGCCAAUUUAUUAUGAAGAGAAUGAAUGGAUUGGGAAAGUCCAACUUUCUAUCAGCAGUACAAUUGCAUCUGAUGAAACUACACACCUCAAGUUAUCAUCAGUUGGAUCAAGCAAUCCAUGGGAACUUAAUAUAGCCUCACCAAGUGAUGGUCGGCUUUACUGUAUCAGGGAAGGACAUUCUGGAACAACACAAAUUCCUCAUUUUGAUUGGACAGGACCAUUAAGGCCUUAUCCCAUAUCAAAAAAACAUGUAAUACCUGCAGGAAUUGAGCUACCUGAUUGGGCAGUUGAUGUAAGUCAUUAA